UCGGGCUGCAGAUGGGAGAGUCACUCCGGCCAGCAACAUGGGCUUACGUCGCGCUGGAGUUGCUGAUCGCCCUGCUCGCCCUGUUGGGAAACUUGCUGGUCUGCUGCUCUGUGGCUGUCAACAACAACCUGAAGACCGCCACCAAUUAUUUCCUGGUGUCGCUGGCGGUGGCCGAUAUCGCGGUCGGAGCCUUCGCCAUCCCGUUCGCCAUCACCAUUAGACUGGAGCUCGCCAUUCCGUUCUAUCCUUGCCUGUUCCUUGCUAGCUUCAUCCUCAUACUGACGCAGAGUUCCAUCUUCAGCCUGCUCGGCGUGGCCAUCGAUCGCUAUCUGGCAGUCAGCAUCCACCUCAGAUACAGUGGGCUGAUAACUGAGAGGAGGGCCAGGCUGAUUAUAGCAAUCUUCUGGAUCCUGUCCUUUUUAAUCGGCCUGACUCCAUUCUUUGGUUGGAACCUGAAACGCCAAAUGAAGUUGGAAUGCACGGCCCCCUGGACCUCCCAACCACGCAAUGAUUCCUGUUCCCAGAACAAUACAUGAGAAUGCCUCUUUCUCAACGUGGUUGACAUGAAAUACAUGAUUUACUUCAACUUCCUGGGCUGUGUUUUAACUCCCCUGCUUAUUAUGUUGGGAAUUUACAUAAAAAUCUUUACCGUGGCCAGAAAGCAAUUGCACAAGAUAGAACUGAACUCUGUGAAUUCCAGCACAUCCCGGACAUUUCUACAGAACCAAGUCCGAGUUGCAAAAUCGCUGUCCAUCAUUGUUGGUUUCUUUGCCUUCUGUUGGCUUCCACUUCACAUCAUCAAUUGCAUUCAUCACUUCGACCCACGAUAUUUCGGAUCCAAAGGUCCUGGCCUCAUGGAUGCCGCCGUCAUUCUAUCUCAUGCCAACUCUGUUGGCAAUCCCAUCAUCUAUGCAUACAAGAUUCAGGAAUUCCGUAACACCUUCCGCAAAAUUAUUUUCAAACACAUUCUGUGUCGGGCAGACAACAACUCUAAGCAGGAUGGAAGUUCCUGCCAGCACUCCAUAUACGAAAGGCACGACAACAUUGACAUGAAUAUGUGCAGGAGUUGA